CCGUCUUUUAUUAUUGUUAUUAUAAGUAUUAUUACGUAUGCUAUUUUAAUUAAUUAGUUUUAUAUAUCUAAUUAGUGGAGUACGACGUAUAUACAUAGAGUGCAAAAAUAAAUUAAACUUAAAAAAAAAUGGGAGAUGAAGAAAAAGAUCUUAUGGGUGGAGUAAAAAGAAGAUACCCGGCACAGCACCAAGAAACUCAGCCGGGGAAAGAGUACCAGAUGAACCCUCUCCCCAUUUCUGUCAAUCCCAAUUACACCCCUUCUAACAAGCUUCUUGGAAAGGUGGCGCUUGUGACCGGGGGCGAUUCGGGCAUAGGGAGGGCAGUGUGCUAUUACUUCUCCUUAGAAGGGGCAACGGUGGCAUUCACAUAUGUCAAAGGUGAGGAGGAUCAGGACGCGGAGGAUGCCCUUAGAUUGAUCAAAGACGCAAAGGCACCUGACGCCGGAGAGCCCAUUGCGGUGCCGGCCGAUCUCCGCAGCGAAGCCGCUUGUAAGGCGGUGGUGGCCGGCCGUUUCAAGGGCAUUGACAUCCUUGUGAAUAAUGCGGCAGUGCAGUAUUACGCGGAGAGCAUUGAGGAAAUCACUGAGGAAAGGCUUAGGAGAACAUUUGAAACCAACAUCUUUCCUUAUUUCUUCAUGUCAAGGUACUCACUUCGACACAUGGAAAAGGGGAGUUGCAUCAUCAACACAUCAUCAGUUUUGGCAUACACCGGUAAAGCCACACUGGUGGACUAUAGCUCCACCAAAGGUGCCAUUGUCACCUUCACCAGAAGCCUUGCCCUGCAACUCAUGAAACGGGGGAUAAGAGUCAACGGCGUCGCCCCCGGCCCCAUUUGGACCCCCCUCCAAGUGGUCUCCCUUCCGGUGGAAAAGGUGGGGGCGUUUAACGAGGAGGCGCCCAUGGAGAGAGCAGGGGAGCCUUUUGAAGUUGCCCCCUCCUAUGUCUUCCUGGCUAGUAACGAUUGCUCUUCUUACAUCACCGGCCAAUUUCUUCAUCCCAAUGGUGGAUCGAUCAUCAAUGCUUGAUCAAGUUCUUUAUUAGUUGGCCAUAGAUAUCAUUUGCUUCACAACGUGCUCGAUCUUCAAGUUCUUUAUGUCCGUGUUCGUUCACAUUUCUACGGAGGAGUAAUUCUUUUCAAAUUUGGGUGAAUUCCCUGUUUGUGUAAAAUCCGUGCAAGACAUUUUUUUAUAUGUAAUUCAAAUAUACAUUUUUCCAAAUAAUGCAACCCGUAUUUG